GUCGUCAUCGUCCUCGACAAAUUGGGAAGAGGACAGUUGACGAUUGUCAGUUUUAUUUUACCGUAAAAUAAUUUUAAUUCAAAUGCAUUUCUGAAUAACGGUGUUUUGACACAUCAAAACUUCCGUGAAGACGAGGCUGAAAAUCGCUUGCUUCAAGCCGAGGUCCUCGGAAAGGUUGCCAUGGCGUCUCCAGGGGGACAUGCUGGAGGAGCGGUAUCUACACGAGGAGGGGCCGGGGCUAGAAGAAUGAAAUGGGCCUUGGAGAUGAGUCUAGGAAAUACUAGAAAUCGGGGUGACCGGCAGAGCAGCCAAGGGGACACCCUGUACCCUAUUGGAUAUUCAGACAAGCCUGUUCCUGACACCAGUGUCCAGGAGGCCGAUAGGAAUUUGGUGGAAAAGAGGUGUUGGGAUGUGGCCUUGGGUCCCCUGAAGCAGAUCCCAAUGAACCUAUUUAUUAUGUACAUGUCUGGCAACACUAUCUCCAUCUUCCCCAUUAUGAUGGUGUGCAUGAUGGCCUGGAGGCCCAUCCAAGCCCUUAUGUCCAUGUCUGCCACUUUUAAGCUGUUGGAGAGUUCCAGUCAGCAAUGGCUUCAGGGACUGGUCUAUCUCAUUGGCAACCUCCUGGGGUCAGCGUUGGCCAUCUACAAGUGUCAGUCAAUGGGACUAUUACCUACACAUUCUUCUGAUUGGUUAGCCUUCAUUGAACCGCCUCAGAGGAUGGAGAUAAUGGGUGGAGGUAUGGUUUUGUGAAGUAAAAUUCAGCAAUAACACACACAGUCUAUGAAUCCUGGACCUCCUGGCGAUCAAACUUUGAAACUGCUGUUUUUCUUUAUUUGCUUGCAUUAUCUGUUCCCAGAUUUCCCACUACACAGUUUUCCCAAUAAAGAUUUUCACUGUUAAAAACAA